UUUUUUUAAGAAAAAAGGAGGACAAGAAGAAAAAAUUAAAAAGAACAACAAUCUCCUUUUCAACACAGAUCUUUUACUCCUUUCAUUGUUCAACGGUCCAAUCGUUUCCGAAGGAAGAAGCUCAAGCUAGAAAGCCAUCUUGUCCGAAUCUCGGCUUCGUGUUGGGUAACUAAUCUUCAGACAAAAACCUCUGCUUCUAGCUACAGCAAAGAGACUGCAGAAAAUUGAGCAGCUAAAGCCAUGGAUAGCUUGGAUGCUGAGAAGGUAAAGAAAAUCACUUGGAAAAGAAGUAGAAGCAGGAUGGACGUGAAAACUGACAGCGAGGACUCUUCCAUAACAUGCAAAGAAGUUAGUGAGAAAAGGCCGUGUUAUGAUUCUACACGAUUUUCUUCAAUUCGAAGGAACAGCAAUUUGGAUCAGCAGUUUGUGUUGCCCGUUUUAACCACUUCAAAGGUGGAUAAAUGGUGCUCGGAUAUUUCAACUGUUAUAACCGGAACAGCUUGUAGAGGCAGGGGGCCACCUGUGGGAAGUGUAGACAUUGGUGUAGGUAAAUCUUCGUAUUACUUCUGCAUUGCUCUACCUGGAGUCAAGCAGGAACCAGGAGAAUUCGAGUGUGAUAUACAAAAGGAUGGGAAGGUGUGGGUUCGAGGCGUGACAUCUACCGGCAGGAAAAUAGUCAACAAACACUCUCGAGUUUUCGAGAUGAAAAUCCAACAGCAAUGCUCACCAGGGCCUUUCACCCUCUUCUUCAGCCUUCCGGGGCCCGUCAACCCAGCUCUGUUUCGUCCCAAUUUCAGAUCAGAUGGAAUAUUUGAAGCCGUUGUUACAAAAAUAUGAUCACCGGUGCAAACAAUGUGUGUCUACUAAAAAAUCUCGUUUUUUUAGCUUUUGGUGAAACGUACUCCUGAAAGUCGUGCCGAACGUGUUGAUGUCAAUAUCCUUUGU